GACCAAAAGGUGCGGCCAAAAAUAUUUCAACGGAAUUAGAGGCAUGGAAGUUAUUUUUUAGCGCGAAUGUUAUAGAUAUUAUAAUGGUGCAUACAAAUAUGGAAAUAGAACGACAAAGAGGGAAAUAUGUUGCUAAUUGUGGCUUUGUUAACGAGACAGACGUUGAAGAGAUCUUGGCUUUGAUAGGACUGCUUUAUAUGACAGGUUGUAGAAAAGACAAUCAUCUAACUACAGCAGAAAUGUGGUCAAAGCAUGGACCAGAAUUGCCGUGUGUGAAAAUCGGCUUCGGAUUCUCGGAAAUGUACCGGGUGCGAGGUACCAAUAAGAAUAAUGACGGCGUUCUAGAAACAGUGCGCAUUAUGGGAAAAGUAUUCAAAGGCAACGCGGAACGAGAAAAAUCGCAUGCAACGACGCUCAUCAGACAUUGGCAUUAUCCACCUGCCGUUUGUCGAAUUGUCAAAAAAGUUUUGUUGCAUGCGACAUUGGCCAUUCGACGUUCGAGAACACAUCCUCUCCUGGUUGGUCUCCCGGAUGGACAGGAUAACUUUGCAGUCGCUAAGGGAGUACUCAACCUGCCUCAUCCCCCUGCUCACAUCCUGGACAUGACCAGGUUGUACCCAAUCUCACAUUAUAGGAUGCUUCCUGAGCUGACACUGUCCAAAAAGCAGUGCCAAUUAAGCGACAAUAGAGCCGCAUGGAUAAUUCAAAACCGUUGCGUGGUGUAUGUCAAAAACAGAAAUAACUCAAUGCUCAAUUGUUGUAGAAGAGAUAAGGACACGCAAGUCUGUGUGUCAGAAGGUGGAUUCGGAAUUAUUCAUUAUUCCUGCGAAAGAAAAGGAAAUCGUAGAGAUCGUUAG